UGGGGCGCAAAAGGGCGCCACAGUCGCACAGGCAGAUUCGAAUCAUCGUGAAGUGAAAGGACAUUCCUCGUUGCACACUUCAGCCCCCAACACAUAGAAUCGAAAGAAGCUUCCAAAAGUUUUAAAAAGGUGCUCUCUACUUUCUCUAUUGAUUUGACUUGUGGAUUAUUAGACGUCCGAUACCUUAAAUGGAAUAAGAUGUGAUAGAGUAUAAGAAAGGCAUGAUAUUCAGAUUUGAAUGUCCUUCUACAUGAACUUCUUUUAUUUAAAAUAUACCUCCUCUUCUAUUUGUUGGAAUUUUUAUCACUUGAAAGCCUCAUGAGAGGAGAAUUCUUUAUAUUUUUGAUACUACCUUUAAGCAGCGUGCUGUGCUUGAAGAUUAGUAGCUUCGAAGUACCGGAUCUACUGGUCCCAGGUGAUUCUGCCUACCUAACUUGUCUUUACGAUUUAGGAGGAGAAAAGCUCUAUUCCGUAAAGUGGUACAAAAACGAUCAAGAAUUUUACAGGUUCUUCCCUUCCCUCAACCCACAAUAUAUGGCAUUUGAAGCUCCAGGAAUUUAUGUAGAUCUUUCAAAAUCUGGUAGAAGCACAGUCUAUCUAAGGAACGUUAGUUUGGAAACCGAAGGCCGCUUCACAUGCCAGGUCUCUGCUGACGAGCCAUUUUUUGGCUGUGUUCAAGUACAUAGAGAUAUUUCUGUUUAUGUACCUCCUGAACAAUCACCAGAAAUCAGCGGAGGUUUUACUGAUUAUGGUGAGAACCUGACUUUAAGAUGUUCUUCAUCGAAAUCAAGACCUGCCGCCAAUCUUAGUUGGUAUAUCAAUGAUGUUAUGAUGGUGCCAGAGGGUUCCGUGGCUUCACACAAGAUUAUCUUGCACGAUGAUCAGCUUGAAUCUGCUUCUGCCCAGUUAGACAUACCAAUGGACUCAAGCUCACUUCCAGACGGAGUUCUAAGACUCGCAUGUGAAGCUUCCAUUUCAAAUUUUGUCACAUCCAUAUCGAAAGAAUUGCUCAUAUCGAGAGAGCACAAUGACCAGCCUCAACAUCAUAAGACUUUUGAUCCACAGGAAUCCAUUCAGUCAUGCUCUUUCAUGAUUUUCAAAUUUUUUUAUUGCAAGACAUUCACGUUGUUGAUGUGGUUCAUGUUGUGUUGGGAACUCUAACAUUUUUAUUUCCAUAAAUGUUGUUGUGUCAUUAUCGUGUAGAUAAAUUUAAAAUAGUUACGAAAAUGUAACUACAUAAUAAGUAAUUAAAUAUAAACUGUCUUUUUUAAUAAAAUACAGUAGUACUGAAGAAAUGGACUGCAGAGCGAAUUUCAAAAUAUUUUUAGAAUUAUCCAAAUUUGUACAAAAUCUAUAUCGUCGACUGGGAAUACUUUGACCAAUUUCAAACUCUUAGUAAAUAUUUCGUGUAUUUUCUAUUGGUUAGAGAGUGAGCAUAUUUUCUGAACUCGGUUCUGGGCUUAAAGGUUUCUUUCAUAUGUAAUGCAUUCAUUCACCUUUAAGUAAAAAUUUAAAAACAUAGUUGGCUAAGUUAUCUCAAUAAUCAGGGUAACUUUACCUUUGUUAUAAGUAAUUUUGCAACUUCGAAGGACAAAUUUUGAAAUUCUGGUGUCUAAUUUCGUUACAUUGGUGGGCAAAGUUACCCCUAUAACCAAGGUAACUUUGCAUAGCAGGUUUUUUUUACUUUUAAAAACUGUCUCUGAAAUUAACAUUUCGAAAAUGUUUGAACAAGAAUGUAACAGAUGAAAAAGUUAUUUUAUUCAUUCUUUUUAUAAAUUAUAUUUAUACUAGUUAUUAGUUAAAUUGUAAGAUUCUCCUUGAAAAAUUUGAGUGAUGAAAUCAUCGUAAAAAAAAGAAAACAUAUAUGUUGGCACAUAAUAUAACUCAUGCUGUAUGACUUAAUCUUUAUAAAUCUUCUUCAAAAAGAAAUUUAGCUAAUCUUUUUUUUCGUAGGGGGAGGAGGAGAUGCAUCACUCAGAGAAAAGUUAAAUUCAUACACUUUUUCACGAGAAAUGAACAAUUUUUCUUUCCAUUUGAGUUCUCGAAUAUAACACAUAUUUUUAAAACUUUUGCCAGACAUUAAUUCAAAGAGUUACUUCUUGCAAAAUUUCGCAAUCACGAAGUCUCUUGCGUGCAAGUUAAAGGGAUUCACCAAUUUUGUGUUUUCUUUCAUAAAUUUGUUACAUUUGCAGAAAACCAUCAGCUGGUAUGCAAUUUGAAAACGGAUGCAUGUUUUUUAAGAAGAUGAGUACUGUUAUUUUACCAAAAGAAUCUGUUUGUUUUUUU